UUUGCACGUGCAUGAUUAGUUCUAAUGUGUCCCACUAAUAUUAGUUUGUUCUUUUAUCUCUAAGCUUAUUUUGGAUCCGAGUUAACAGGAUUGAACUCCUCUUUUUCCACCGAGCUUGACACAAAAAGACACAGAUGUGAUUAGCUAAUGCUGUCAAAGAGCAUGGGCAGGGCAGGGCGAAAAGAGCCAAUGACAUCAUCCGCAGAAGGAAGGAGAGAGAGAGAGCGAGUGUGCGAUGCAAUACAAGUGGCCCAAGGCGGCGUGAGGAAGGAGGGCUUCUUCUCAUACUCACACGGGAGCCAGGAGCAGCAUCACAACGGCGCGGCGUGCGUGCGGAACGGGAGCACUCCCACUGACUUGCAUAUAAGACUCCGCCUGGAACAUUCUCUUGCCCCCCCCAACCCCUACCCCCUCCCUCCCCUCCCCCUCCCCCUCCCUCCACAUCCCCAACACUGAGCUACUUCAGGUGGAUCAUCCGGGCAUGCUCCUUAAGCCAAAGUAUGACCGCUUUCGCAACGAGUCUGUGACUUCUUCCUCCGAUGACCUGAUGCAGAGCUUUGCCAUGAGCGGCAAAGUCGUAGCCACGCCGGCGGCCCCCUCCUCGGCCCCCGGCCUCCCCCUGCCUCUCCUGGACUCCGCCACCAGGUCCUCCGGAGCCGCAGCUCUGGCCGAGUCGCCCUGCCUGGACGGAGAGCAGGACGGCACCACCACCUUCUGCAUGCUCAUCCCCAAGAUGCCGCAGUGGAAGUUCUCCAACUCCUUGCUGAGCCGAAGCCCGUCCAACUCCAGCUCUAGCUCCAGUUCCAGCAAGGACUCGAGCAAAGCCGCCCACCAAGCGUCCCCUCCCUCCUGCCCCUCUUCAUCGUCCUCACACAGGCACAGCGGUGCGCCCUCAGCCAGCGGUCCCAUUGCCAGUCUGGCCGCCGUGCUCAACUCGUGUGACCCGGUGUGCGUCACCCCGUGUUCUCUGCAGGCCAUUCGCGGGCAGAGAGCGCCGGCGCAUUCCGGCCACGGAUUCGAGGAGGUCACGGCCGGCCCCGGUGGCUCCGGCGGCGGAGGCUGCAGAUCGGGAAUGAGUCGCAGGACAAGGGUGGAGGGCAUGUGGCCGAGCGGUGACGAUCUAAGCCAGAAGGGCAGCUUCAUCCACAAACCUUCCCAAGGGUGGCUGCAUCCGGACAAGAAGAUCGCAGGACCGGGAGCCUCUUACAUCGUCAGGUACAUGGGCUGCAUUGAAGUGCUCAAGUCAAUGCGCUCCCUGGACUUCAACACGCGCACUCAGGUGACUAGGGAGGCCAUCAACAGGCUCUGUGACGCUGUGCCAGGUGGAAAAGGUGCAUGGAGAAAGAAGGCUGUGAACAAAGCUCUUCAUUCCAUCAUGGGAAAGAGCAACCUGCGCUUCGCCAGCAUGAGCAUCGCUGUCAAUAUUUCCAUUGACGGACUGGGUCUGCUCAUUCCUACCACAAGACAGAUGUUAGCACACCACCCUAUGCAGUCCAUCUCAUUCGCCUCUGGUGGCGACACAGACACACCCGAUUAUGUCGCCUACGUGGCCAAAGACCCGGUCAAUCAGAGAGCGUGUCAUAUUCUGGAGUGCUCGGACGGUUUGGCUCAGAGUGUCAUCGGUACAAUCGGCCAAGCCUUCGAGUUGAAGUUUAAACAGUACCUGCACAGUCCACCCAAGACUCUGACGUCUUUGGACAGGUCCUUCAGGACAGAGGAGCCGGCGUGGGGGGAGGACGACGACUUUUCCGAGCACGACUACUACAACAGCAUCCCGGGCAAGGAGCCUCCUGUCGGGGGAGUGGUGGACUCCAGACUGCGGCCCAGCAAAUCCCAGCUUGCGCACAUCCACACACAACCGCAAAGCAGGGCAGCACAACAGAUGGGUUCGCCAGCGAAAAGGGAGCAAGCAGCUCACCAUGCAAGUCAGCUCUGCUAUGAACUUCAUUGGGAAACCGACGCCACCAGUGGCUCAGAUGGUUACCUGUGCGCUGAUGGCCAACUACCUGGCAUCAAAGACUACGAGGAGCAUCAGUAUGUGAACACACAGAGUUUGGAAAACUUGGAUUCUUUGGCUCAAGGCCCCGAUGGCCAGAGGGGGGCCAGGGGCCCUGACAGUCCCAAGAAGGACCUCUUUGACAUGAGGCCCUUUGAGGACGCCCUAAAACUGCACGAGGCAGGCGGCGCUACUGCGGUGGAAGGUGGAGGCGUGCAGCUACCGGAGGACCAGUGGCCGAGCCCACCGCGACGGCGGGCCCCCGUGGCCCCGAAUGAGGAGCAGCUCCGGCGGGAGACCUGGUACCACAGCCGCAUGAGCCGGCGGGAUGCCGAGAAACUGCUGGUUCGAGACGGGGACUUCCUCGUGCGGGAGAGCACCACCAACCAGGGCCAGUACGUGCUGACGGGCAUGCACUGCGGCCUGCCAAAACAUCUGCUACUGGUGGACCCUGAGGGAGUGGUGAGUGGAAAUGAAAUUGCUCAGAUAUACAGUACAGUAAGCUCCUGUUUUUUUUUUACGGGGGGGAUACCUUCCAGAUCCAUCCGCAAAAGGGGAAAAGUUAGUUCCCUCCCAAAUUCCCCCAAAAAUGCAUGUUAGGUUGAUAGCCUGCCUCUCGCAUUAAGUCAGCUGGGAUAGGCUCCGGCACACCCGUGACCCUACUGAGGACAAGUGCCAUAGAAAAUGGACAGGUGGAUAUUCAGAAACACGAGCGGAAACAGCAGCGUGUGACUCGCCUCGCAGUUAAUCUAUGUUUGUUUACCUUACAGGCUAUGAAAUUCAAAGAGCUAGGCCAUGUGCUGUCAUCUGUGUCUGCCUAAAAAUAUCCACAUUUCAGCCUCCAAGAACUCCAUUUUGAACAUUUUAAAAAAAUGUUUAUGUAAUAUCUGUCUGAUUAGCCUAUGGUGCUGUUUCACAAGAAAGUUCAUUUAAGACCAUUUAUUGUGUCUGAUUUGCCUUAAUUUGUUAUUUUUCAAGAUUUAAUGAAUCGGUUUAAUAAAAGUGGGCCAUAUCUGAA